AUGACUGAAUUGAAGAAACAAAAGACCGAUGCUUUACCUCCAAGACCAACUAAUAUCGGGAUAAAAGGUAUUGAAGUAUAUUUACCAUCUCAAUGUGUAAAUCAAGCAGAAUUAGAAAAAUUCGAUGGUGUAUCUACUGGGAAAUAUACAAUUGGUUUAGGUCAAACUAAUAUGGGUUUUGUUAAUGAUCGUGAAGACAUUUAUUCAAUGUCUUUAACCGUUUGUUCAAAAUUAAUGGAACAUUAUAAUAUUGAUCCAAAUCAAAUUGGUCGUCUUGAAGUUGGUACAGAAACUUUAUUAGAUAAAUCAAAAUCUGUUAAAUCUGUUUUAAUGCAAUUAUUUGGUAACAAUACUGAUAUCGAAGGUAUUGAUACUGUUAAUGCAUGUUAUGGUGGUACAAAUGCUGUAUUCAAUUCUUUAAAUUGGUUAGAAUCUUCAAGUUGGGACGGAAGAGAUGCAAUUGUUGUAUGUGGUGAUAUUGCUAUUUAUGAUAAAGGUGCCGCUAGACCAACAGGUGGUGCAGGUACUGUUGCUUUAUGGAUUGGUCCAAAUGCUCCAAUUGUUAUGGAUUCUGUUAGAGGUUCUUUUAUGGAACAUGCUUAUGAUUUCUAUAAACCAGAUUUUACAAGUGAAUAUCCUUACGUUGAUGGCCAUUUUUCAUUAACUUGUUAUGUUAAAGCAUUAGAUCAAGUUUAUAAAUCCUAUUCUAAAAAAGCAAUUGCAAGAGGUAUUGCAGAAAAACCUUUAGGUCCAGAAUCUGUUAAUGUUCUUGAACAUUUUGAUUUUAAUGUUUUCCAUGUUCCAACUUGUAAAUUAGUUACAAAAUCAUAUGGUAGAUUAUUAUAUAAUGAUUUUAAAGCUCAACCUUCUUUAUUCCCAGAAGUUGAUGCUUCUUUAGCUACAAAGGAUUAUGAAGAAUCAUUAACUGAUAAAGCAUUAGAAAAGACAUUUGUUAACGUUGCUAAACCAUUCCAUAAAGAUAGAGUUGCUAAUUCUUUGAUUGUUCCAACAAAUACAGGUAAUAUGUAUACUGGUUCUGUUUAUUCUGCAUUAGCUUCAUUAAUUUUUUAUACAGGUUCUGAUAAUUUACAAGAUAAGAGAAUUGGUUUAUUUUCUUAUGGUUCUGGUUUAGCCGCAUCAUUAUUUUCUUGUAAAGUUAAAGGUGAUAUUAGUAAUAUUGCUAAAAUACUUGAUUUACAAAAUAAAUUAGAAUCAAGAACAACUCAAACUCCACAAGAAUACGAAGCUGCUAUUGCAUUGAGAGAAAAUGCUCAUUUACAAAAAAACUUCAAACCUGUUGGAUCAAUUGAUUUACUACAAAAAGGUACUUAUUAUUUGACCAACGUUGAUGAAAAAUUCAGAAGAUCUUACGAAAUUAAAAAUUAA